UGCCAAGAGAUUGUUUAUUUAAUCAUUUGACUGCAAAAGAGUAUUAAAUGAAAAUCUGUACCUUACAGUAUGAAAACUUUUCUAAAGACAACGUUUCAACUGUUGGCACUUGGAGUUGUGAAGAAACCAGCAUAAACCUCACCAGACGAUGAAAGCCAUACUCCGGCAGUGACAGGGAAUAACACUGACAGAGGUCAUCUAAGGUGAGAUGGUUGUGUGGAUUAAGGUGUACGUGAGUGCUGGAUUGAGCGUUGUUUCUGGAGCACGUCUCGAAGAAAUUGGAAAUAAUGUAGACUGGUUAUUAACCCAAGCUGUAAUAUUCGGUUUGAGGUUUUCACAAACAGACCAUGCAUAAUUAACCAGCCCUCUGACAGAUAAACCCGGUGAUACAAUAACGUUAAUUUUAUCUGUUUACUUAAAUUGAACAGUUGAAUCCAUCCAAUCUGCCCCAACCCGUCCAGAUUGUUUUGAUGUCGAUUGAUGAUGUCCUGAAACAACCUGAGCGUCUUGUGAAAAGUGCUACCAGAGACACCACACAGCCCCGCAUCGUGACUUCUGUUUGCUUCUGUCAUUUUGCAUCUGAAAACAAACAUUUCUUUUAGCCGCACGUAAGAUUUGAAAAACAGUCAAGAUCCUGCUGCAUCACAAAGCAGAGCUAUGCGGAUGAUUGAUUUCGCUUUAGCGUAUUCCUCUUCAGGAUAGCAACAGCAUCUUCAUCCAUUUGCCCUUUUGUUUGGGGGAGUCACCGGGGAAGCCUUGGUAGCACGUACAGCCAAUCAAUAAAAGGCAAAACUGCGAAACCCCGCCCCUUUGACAAAAUCUGACGAAUCAGAGCCUUCGUUCUUUGCAUGGGCGUUCCCAUCCCCCACCCACCCUUUUGACACUGCCCUCCCGAAGCUGUGUGGUUGAGCGAAGUGAAUGACGUCUCUGCAUUUGCGGGCCGCCGACGCAGGGCUGGGUUUCCAUUUUCAGAGCGAGUUUCGGGGGGGAUCGUCAACAUGGAGCCGGAGAUGGAGGACAAAACGCUGGAACUGAUGGUAAGAUUUUUCUCGGUGGACAUCUCGGACAUCGGAAGUGAUCGGUAUCACUCCUAAAUUAACCGAGGCGCUGAGGUUCGAGUCGACGGCUGAAACGAGCUGAAGCGGCUUGUCGGGAGAGGGAGAGGAGAAAGGAGGGGGGGACCUGAAAGCAGAGGGAGGGCCUGAAAUUAUCGAUGUAUUUCGCGAGGAAUUGUCCGCAUAUGUGUCUAUUUAAUAAACUCUUCUUGUGAGUCAACAUUAGAUAAACGCUGGUCACUCUUUCUUGUAGACUUGAAUGGUAAAUAUUGCGGGAUUUUCAGGUUAAUGUUGAGUCGUCGCCCAAACACAGCCGAGGAGUCUCGGGGUAGCGUUCACUGCGGUGACGCUGCGCCACUUUAACAGGGCCCAGUCUGAUACUUGUUAGCCAUCCAGCUAACAGAGGCUAGAAGGCGAUGAACCACGGUAAUUUACUCAUAUGUUGUAUGUUCUUGUUUAUCUAUUGACGACUAACACUCUAAUCGAUGUGUCUAAUAGUUAUAGAGACACCUCGAUGUUACGUGAUGAAGUUAACAUCGACAGUGUGCUGCCUGUCUGUUUAUAUUUUUUAAGUGCGUAGAAGGAAGUGUGUUGCUUUUCAUUCACUUAGCGUUACCACGAUUAGCGAGGUAGCAAUUAGCCUAUUAGCCGACGAGCUAAAAUGCUAAGUACUUGACAGACAUUACUUCACCCCAACAGGCAUUAUCGGGGCAGUAGGAGCUCAUUUAGUGAUAAGAAACGUCAAAUGUCAAUAGACGGAGUUCUCGAUAAUAGAUGGUCCGGUUUCUGUAAUAUGUAGUUCGUCUGUUGAACCAGCCUUGUUCAGACAGGCUAGCAUUAGCUCGCUCAUGGCUACCGUAUUGCUCAUAUUUGACAAAAAUUAAAUUGUGGCAUUUAUAGAACAAUUUACCAAAAAGUAAAAGUCAGAGUUUGAGUUUCAUGCCACCUAGUUCUCGGUUUGGCUGACACACAUAUCCCUGGUAUUGCCUUACUCUCUAUUGACAAAGUCAGUCAGGCCUUGGCAGUCAUAUCUUUAGUAAACUUUGUGGACCUAACGUGCCUCCUACAAACUGGGUCACAAACGCACCUGAGUGAGCACUUAAUGCCUUUGUUCUCCAAGUGAUGAUUAUCCAUAAACACUGCAUAUCUUUGUAGACCACAAAUGACCAUCAUUAAGGGCAAAUAAAGCCCAGUAAACACAGACAGUACUUCUGGAUGGAGCUUCUUGAUUAUAUGACGUUGUUUUUCACUGUAUUUCUUUAUAUGAUUAAAGUUUGUAGAUCAAUGUUAAACUUUUAAAGAAGUUUCUAACAUAAAUGCCCUAUGAAUAUCAGAAGAAGACCAAGAUUUGAUGUUAAAAUGUAUUUAUUUGACCAUGCACACACAUGUAUUUUCCUUUAGUGAAGGCUAUUUCCACUCCAUUUAAUUUAUGAAUGAGACUUUAGAGACAGUGUCCCCACAGGCUUGACAAUUGUCUUGGUUUUCUGUGUUUUUAGUUUGAUUGAUUUAUUUUUGUCCCAGUGUUAUUACUCACUAACCACUCAUGAGAGUGGGGAUGGCAGAACAGUGGGUGGGGUCUCUCUCAAAAGCCAGAGGGACAAAAAAUUGACAACUUAUCCCAUUGCCCCUCCCUCUCCUCUACCUAUCCCCACCCAGUUCAUGUCUAAUAAUGCUUCUGUGUGUAUGUUUAUCAGUCUGUUACUCGUGUGUGGAGGAGUGUGUGUUCCUGCGCUCACUGUGCCAAUGUGUGUAGCUCUAAUACUGGUUUUUCCCCUCACUAUCCCCCACCUCCUCCCCUUUUUUCUCCCCUCACCUUUGAUGGUUACACACCCACCUCCUCUCAAUCUCGAACCAAACAUUAUCCAUUUAUUUUUCUUCUUAUUUUCGUACUCUUAUACUUUUCCACACUCUACCUGUCCUGUUUCUCACACACCUCUCACCACUGACAUACACCUGUUCAUCCAUUGACCCAUCCAUCCUACCAUCUCCUUUGGUUUCCCCCUUCACGACCUCCUUCAUCAACCCUGUCCUCUUUUCCUUUACUUCUCAUCUCUGGUCUUUCGCUCUUCCCCCUUCUCUACCUUCCUCACCCUGUCCACUUCGUUCUCCUCCUCCUCCCUUCCUCCCUUCCUCUCUCUCUCUCACACAGUGCUCUGUGCCUCGCUCUCUCUGGCUGGGCUGCUCCUCGGUGGCUGAGAGUUUGUGUGCACUCAGGUGCCUGCAGAGCAUCCCCUCCACCCGGGCUCACAACCAGGUUCUGCCUCUCUCCUCUUAAUUCUGCUGCUCCUCCUCCUCUCCCCCUCCCUCCCCUUCCUCCCUCACCAUCUUCUCACCCUUCACUUUUCUUCGCCCACUCCACAUGACUCCUCAUACCACCUUGGUGCAGACAGCACCCACUCACCCCCUCACCCUCCUACCUCCUCACCUUCCGUUGUCCUUUCCUCCCUGUUGGAAGCACACUGCUCUCGGGUUCUUCUCUGGUGUGGCCUCAAACUCUCUCAGCUUAAAACAGAAUUGUAGCCUCAUAAACUAUAAUUAUCUGAAUUAUAAUCAUGUCAAAUCACAGCUCUUACAUCCUGAUCAGGCCCUAGUACUAAAAAAACCAAACAAUAAUUUGCUUGACAGAGGGAACUGGAUGGAGACGUCAACAAUUGAACGAGUUUGUGUAAUUAAUGAGCUUGCUUUGGGAAGAGGAAGGAUCAAGGGGGUACCAGAGAAUAAUCCUGCACUGAGGAGUAAUGUUUACUGCCCUGGAGGUGUGAGGGCCGAGGUGGGGGGUCUUCCUUCCAAGCUCUGAGAGGCUUCAUGCUUGCUUGCCUGCCUGCCUGGCCAACUUCGUCUAUCUGUUUUGAUUUGUCCCUCCUUUUCUUUUCUGCUUUGCAUGGUCAUCAACUCCAGCGAACUCAUCUUGGCUUUAUGUCCUGUCUGCUUUGGUCUUGGUACCUAAACCUUUGUUUGUCUGUUUGUUUGUGUGUUUGUUGUGAUUGCCUGUCUUCUAUGAGAGACCAGUUUUUGAGAGGAUGCUGGGUUGAACUUAGAAACGAACAUCCGGGCAACAUAGUUCUCCUGUUUUGACAAUUAGCCUAGGUUCAGCCCACUAAUGGCAACUCUUUAGCCUCCUCUCUCCCUGUCAGAACAUCAAGAUCAACAUGUCUGUAUUUUUUAGCCCUUUUGUAGAUGAAGACAUUAUGAAAGACUGGCAUUGGUGCAGCCAUGCCCUAGGCAGAAAUGCUGAAGUACUGCCCUCUCCUCUCUCUCCAGCUUUUGUGUCCUGUUUGUGCAAAAAAAGUUAAAAUAGAUGUUGAAAAAUAAUAUAAAUUUAAGGGGGAAACUGCAGUUAAAAUGACCAUUUGUGCUUUUUCAUAUGACGCUCUGUCAGGGGAAAACAGUUUGUAGUGGAUGCUUUGAGAUGUAGGAAUGUGCUGGUUCAACAAUGAUGUAGAUGUAUACAAACAUAGACUUCUUAACAUCAUCCUGUGUACCCUAAUUUACAACUAAAACCAGGCAAUCAACCCCAACUACAUGUGAGCAGGCUAUGUGUGAUUUUUUUUUAAGGAGAUUGUGAUGUUGGUGAAUCUGAUGUUGUACCAUCUUAAGGAUUUGUUGUUAUUACAUGUUCAGUAUAAAUGGUUAGCCUCCCACUGUAUUACUGUCACUAAUGUGAUUGGCUCCAUUACUGUGUUGUAAUUUAAAUGUCAUUAGUCUCCCUGGCUUGUUUGUGAUGCUCUUGAAAAAGGACUCCAAUCUGUGUAGGACCUCAGUUGAGCUACAAAUGGGUGGGAUCCAGUCACCCCCUGUUUUGAUCCUGUCCGUUCUAUAAGCAGUUAGACCACUCCAUGAUUUUAGUUUCAUUACAGUCAUGCCUGAGAUGCUGCCAGUGACAUACCCAGGAUGCUACAGUUUAAUUUCCUGUCCAGACUACUUAGCCCACAUCACAGACAUAGCAAACCUUUAGUGCGGUACUUACUUCUUUCCACUUUGUGUGUGUGUGUGAGUGUGUGUGUUUGCGCGUGCGUGCGUGUGUGUGUAUGCACGGGUGUUUGUUUGUGCACGCCUCUACAGUCAUGAUAGGUACCCUUCCUUGGCUGUUUGUGGUACUCUUGUGUCCAGCGCUGUCCACACCGCUGCCCUGGCUCUCACAGUGCCUGUCACACAUGUGUUACAGAACCAAACACUCACCUGCGCCUCGUUGUUGUGUUGUUGUUUUUCUCUAUAGAACACAUCAGGGAUGGAGUCACAGAGCCUCGUGGAUGAUCUGUCGCCAAAGAAGAACACAGUUCUCAAGGUUUGUUGGUGUUCGUGUCAGUCCAUAACAACAUCUUGAUGACAAAAACUGAAUGUAAAGCACAAUUUUUAUAAAACAACAACUUUAGAACAUCCUACACUUGCUGCAAUUUGACUGUCAUAGUCUUCAAAUUAGAUGAACUUGAAGGUAAAACAAAAAGUCAUGUUUAACACAACAGUCUGUGGCAUCCGAUAGUUAAAAUUUGAUUGUUUACCCCUGAGGUGAAAGCCUGACUUUCAUUUUCAAAUAAACCUGCACCUUAAGCCUUUUCCUCUUCCCGUUUUCACAACCUUGCAGGCAUUUUGUGUCUGAAAAGCUUUGCAGCGAAAAUUGAUUUUGAACUUUUUCUUUAUUCUAAAGCUAAACUCUUAAACCUGUCCUUACAUUCUUAGUAGUCUUAGCAUACUGUUUUUGUUUCAAUCCCUCGUCACAGUUUAAUAUCCUGACUUAAUCAAAUAGUACAUUUCUGAAUGUACUUUUCUCACCACACACUGACUACAAGUUAACAAAGUGUCCUGCUCAUGUAGACCUACUUUGAAGACAUUUGAAACUUCCAAAGAAAACUGUAUCCAUUUGUUGUCUGAUCUCUCACGUUACAAUCAGUCUCACACAAAUCAACAAUUGUUCUUUAAUCUUCAUCCGAACAGCUUAGUAAUGGUCCUGUUGUGGGAUCCCGCAAGCGUCCGUCAGAGGGGAACUACGAAAAGGAGAAAGAACACUGCAUCGCCCUGUUUGACCAGUGGUCGGAGGCCGACCAGGUGGAGUUUGUUGAACGCCUGAUCUCCCGUAUGUGCCACUACCAGCACGGCCACAUCAACUCCUACCUCAAACCCAUGCUGCAGAGGGACUUCAUCACUGCGCUGCCAGGUACAAACACACAAACAAGAUAAUAUAGCCCUCUUCAGUUCAAUCUAAAACUGGGCCCAGGACUCAUUAAAUCACAUGGUCAUGUGACUUCAAGUGAGUUUUAAUGUAAGCCACAAAGUAGUCCAGGAUAAAUAAAUUAGUAAUUGUGUUUUUGGAGAAAAAUUGGCCUGCUGCUAAUGAACCCAUCAACAACAACAAGACAGAACAGCAGACAGUCUCCACUCCAAAUGAUAUCUCUGGACUGUCUAAAAAGAUUUAGCAGUUGUUCGAUAUUCCACAAGCAUAUUUACAAACAUUCACAGAAUACUUAAGAAUAAUGGAAAAACAAAUAUAAGGACCCUCAGGCACAGACAAACCCAGCAGAUGAUAUUCCAUUAAUUUUGCAGCGCUCACUCAGCCUCUUCUCUCUCGCCCUCUAGCACAAGGCUUGGAUCACAUAGCAGAGAACAUCCUGUCUUUUCUGGACGCACGCUCGCUAUGCUCAGCAGAGCUGGUGUGUAAGGAGUGGCAGAGGGUCAUCUCUGAGGGUAUGCUGUGGAAGAAGCUCAUUGAACGCAUGGUCCGCACUGACCCGCUCUGGAAAGGCCUAUCCGAGAGACACCAAUGGUGAGAACAAAAAAAGAGAGAUCCAUUUACACACCGCACACAAAGGACGACUGAGCCUCCCUCUGUUUAAGAGGGAGAUCUCUUAACAGCCAGCUCGGGGUAAAAUUGAGAGUCUAUCUUUUCAAGGUUUGGAAUUUAAGAAUAAAGGCAGAGAAGGGGAAAGUAAGGUCAUACUUGACUGGACUUGAGUGUUUAUUGGGAGUGGGAAAAAUUUCCUGGUAGAUACAAAGCAGAUGUCAUUCUGAUAUUUUUCUUGCUUCAGGGAGAAAUAUCUGUUCAAGAACCGCACGGCAGAGGUCCCACCCAACUCCUACUAUCACUCCCUUUAUCCCAAGAUCAUCCAAGACAUAGAGGUAAGAUACAGUGAUUGGAUUCAGUCUGAAUAAACACUUGUGAAGUUGAAUUAACCAGUUUUUAGAUUUUUUAUUGGACAUUUUCAUUGUUUGUUCCUUUGUCCCUCCUUCUUUCAGACUAUUGAGGCUAACUGGCGGUGUGGCAGACACAACUUGCAGAGGAUUCAGUGUCGCUCUGAAAACAGUAAAGGGGUUUACUGUCUCCAGUAUGAUGAUGACAAGAUCAUCAGUGGCCUUAGAGACAAUUCCAUAAAGGUAUGAAACGUAUUUUCACACAAGGACUUGAAUUUAAUCUGAUUUUUAUGUUGUGGUUUUUUUGUAACAUGAUGACCAUGAGGUUCUGCAGUCAAGUGAGGGAACCACCUCACUGGCCUAAGGCGAUAUGUCAGUGUUAGUGACAUCCAGUACAUUAGCACUCGCAGGGAUGAGAGUCAGAAGAUAUGGUAGUGAGAAAGCAUUGUGUGCGUUGUGUGUGGUUGAUUUCUUCCAACCCAGGUUUGUGUAUUUAUGAAUUGAAUCUCCUCUUGCGGCUCCGUGUAGCUCAUCUUCUCAUUGUCUAUGGCGCUGAGCUGAACCAGCAGACACUGAGACAGAACACGAGUGAAUUAAAGGAUAAAAGAGCUCAGCUCCAGACUCUGCUUUUUUUGCACUUAUCUGUCUGGCCCUGGAGAAGAGGGGAAGAUGAUGAAGAGAAAUGAAGGGAGGAAGAUGGAGGGAGGGAGAAGAGCGGAUUUGUCUCCUCAUUGUUCCUGAGGAGGCUGACGCACACCCAGAGAGGAGCUGAAUGGCUCUUGCACACAGAGCUGAGCACAGCAGUGGGGAAAUGGGGCAUGAAGAGUGCUAUGAGAAUAGGCCAUUCUUAGCAUGACCCAAAUCUACAACCUUUUUCUAACCUUUCAUAACCAUUUCUACGUCUUUUCUCUGUGUUGUCUUCUGUCCGUUUCUUCUUCUGCUUCCCACUUUUUUUUUUCUCCCUUCCCUUCCUCCGGUCCUUUUCCUCAAAGAUCUGGGAUAAGCAGUCUCUGGAGUGUCUGAAGAUACUGACCGGUCACACAGGAUCAGUGUUGUGUCUGCAGUAUGAUGAGCGGGUCAUCGUCACUGGGUCUUCUGACUCGACUGUCAGGUAGGAAACACAUGUUAUUAUUUUAUUUUACUUCAUUAUAAAGUAAAAAUAGAGGGACACAGAUCAAACUCUGAAUCAUUUGUGUGAUAAGAGCGGCCUGUGAUUUCAAUCAGUUAAUCUUCUUAUAGGUGGUUAAUAUGUCAGUAGGAAAGGAUUCAGUAUCUAGAUAUUAGUUUGACGAUGAAUUCUCUCACUGAAACUUGUUUUAUCAGUCAUCAAUCCACAAUAUUCAAAGCCAAACACUGCACUGUUUUCAGGGACAGAUAUAUUUUUUUACCUUCAGAAAAAUGACCACAUCUCCUGUCUUAUCAUUUCAAAAGGUGCAGUGAACCUGAUGCAAAUUAUCUCAUGCAAAACACGACCGAGUUACAAGACAUGCAAAUGUCAGUUGACUUGUAGAGUGUUAGUUUUGAAUAUGAGAAGCUGGAAGUUGAUUCGGAAACCUGGAGUUCAAGCCAAAACUCGGCGUAAAGAUGUUGUUAAUCAAAGUGCAGCUUAAGGGAAAGAAAAGGAGUGAUAGUGUUUUAUUUUAUAAUGAGCCACACUGACUUUCAUUCAGAGAUAGUAACAUUGGUUUUAUUGCAUUUAAGACCCUGUAUGUGUGUGUAUGUGUGUUUAUGUGUGCGCGCAUGCAUGUAUGUUGAUGCCUCCUUGGCUACCGCACACAGAAGCUUAACAUUAAUUCUCUCAUUACUUCACACUUCAGCUGUACGAGCUGAGUGGUAUCCAAGGAAAAUGUGACUUCACUUCCUUAGCAACAGCUUGACAGGCUCAGUGUUUGUAGGUUUUGGUUGUCAGCUUUUCCAGUGUGUUCUGCAUUUGACUCCUAAUGCCAAGCUGUGCCGCGCAGUAACAGACACUUGUAUAUGUGUGUGUGUACGUGUGUGUGUGUGCGUCUCCAUUGUAAAACCAAUAAACAUAUUCUCUCUCAUGUCUCCAUUGUUUUCUUUUUUUCUACACUCUCAUUGCACGUCUUUUCCUAUCUCUUUUGUCAAUUUUUUUCUUUGGUUUUGACCAUUUCCCCAUGUUGUCCCUCCUUCCUUCACACUCCUUCCUCCCAUCUUUUUCCAUUCUACGAUCCUUCAUUUCAUCCUACCUUGGCUGUACCUCCUCCCUUCCUCCUUUCACAUCCCUUUUUUUUUUCUUUUGCCACAUUUUCUCUCCCCCCUCUGCCACUUUUGCCCUUUUUUCACCAUUCCCUAAACUCUCUCCCCGUUUCCCUCCAUCUCUCUCUUCUUCAGGGUGUGGGAGGUGACGACAGGUGAGGUACUGAACACACUGAUCCAUCACAACGAGGCAGUUCUUCACCUGCGCUUCGCCAACGGCCUCAUGGUGACCUGCUCUAAGGACCGUUCAAUCGCAGUGUGGGAUAUGGCCUCUCCUACUGACAUCAGCCUACGCCGUGUCCUUGUGGGACACCGGGCCGCUGUCAACGUUGUCGACUUUGACGAUAAAUACAUCGUGUCUGCCUCAGGGGACCGCACCAUCAAGGUAACAAGAGCAGCCAUUCAUAAAUUCAAAUGACAAGCUCACGGCUAUAAAGCCUGCUGAGGUCGAAAUGUGAUGUGACAGAUCAGACAGCGGCGGGGCGGAUGCUGGGAGGUUGAAUUAAGGUGUGAAGUUUAUUAACGAGAACACUUGAGAGGAAACUAUGAAGGCAUGCAGUGAAGAGUUUUGAAGUGUUACUACAACAGAGAGUUAAAUUGGUUAUUUCAACUUUGUGAACUUGAAUGAUCAGUUUUUUAAAGACCUAUAUUUUCAAUGUGACUCAAUUGUAGGUAUGGAGCACCAGCACCUGUGAGUUCGUUCGCACUCUAAAUGGUCAUAAACGGGGCAUUGCCUGUCUACAGUACAGAGAUCGUCUUGUGGUCAGUGGCUCAUCUGACAACACAAUCCGGUAAGUGUUGAUAUAUAAAUAUACAACUAUUGUAGAGGCUCCUGAGGCUUAGAGGUAGAGUUAGUUGUCUCUCAAUCAGAGGGUCAGGGGUUUGGGGUUUGACCCAAGGUCAAAGUGUUCUCGGGCAAGACACCUAGCCCUGAACUGCCCCUUGCUGGCUGAGUUUAAACAGCGUGUGAGUGAGAGUUGUACUGAUAGGUGUUAAUCACAGUGGCUUCUACCAUCAAUAUGUGGAUAUGUCAUGUAAAAGUGCUUUGAGUGGUCCGAAGACCAAAGAAAGAGCCGUGUAAAUAAACACAGUCCAUCUGCGAGACACGGUACAUCUUGAAUUAUUUGCAAGUAAAAACAAAUCCGUUAAAUGUAGAAAGUAUUAAAAUAUUCAUGAAGGGAAAGAUUUCCAUUUCAACUAACUCACCAGAAGACGACUUUAGUCACUCUUGUUUUUACAUAGCUUUACUUUUAUGGUUUUUUAUAUAAUACCACCAACAGUGUAGGUACAUGGCCUUGCUGUGUGUUUAAGAAGCAUCUCUUUCUCCAGGUUAUGGGACAUCGAGUGUGGGGCUUGUUUGCGAGUGCUCGAAGGUCAUGAGGAGUUGGUGCGCUGCAUUCGCUUCGACAACAAAAGGAUUGUCAGCGGCGCCUACGAUGGGUCAGUCUCACACACACACACACACACAGAUUUGUGCACACAGUCACAUUUUGUUCUUGACACUGUGUUGUCUCACGUUUCCCUGCAGUAAGAUAAAGGUGUGGGACUUGCAGGCAGCCCUGGACCCAAGAGCCCCUGCCAGCACAUUAUGUCUGCGCACUCUGGUGGUGAGUAUCACUGGUUUAGUUUGAGUUCAUAUGGCUUAAGUGGUAACCAUGGAUAGAGCGCCAUUUAACUAGCAGUUAAGGUGCACAGUCGUUUGACCUCCGACCACGACUGUUCAUAUCAUCCCCUACUCUCUACUCCCCAAAUGUCCCGGCUCUCUUCAGCUGUCUCAUCAAUAAAAGACAAAAUACACAACAAUAAAACAUAAAGUUAUAAAAUAUAUAUUUAUUUGUACAUAUAGUUUCAAAAUGAGCAAAAGUGCAAAUGGUUUAGAUCAGUGGUUCUCAACUAGUAGGUCCCGACCCAAAAGUGGGUCAGGGACAUGUUCUGGACAGGUCGCCAACAGCUGGUCGAAAAAGUAAAUAUUUAACACGCACCUGAUGUUUGAAUGUCUUGUAUUUUAACAAAUAGCUCAUUUUGAAAUGCAAAUAAGUCAGAUUUUUCAUUUUGCUGGUCUCCAUUUUCUCUAUAUGCAACUUUAAUAGUUGUCGUCCUCAGGUCAAGUGCUUUAAAAUGCAUUUUACUCAGUAACGGGUGUAUUUAUGAUAAAUAUAUAUUUACGCCUUUUUUAUCAUAGCUACUUCAGGAUUUUUUAAAUAAAAAAUACAUUUGCUUGGUUUGAAUUCUAUAAAAGUGGGUCACGACUUAAGGACCAUGGGAAAAUGUGGGUCCCAGAGUGAGACCAGUUGAGAAGCACUGGUUUAAAUUAAUCUGCCGCUUUUUUAUUUCACAUCAUUUGUUACUAAGUUGCCUGUAACUAAGUUUGAAAAUCAUUUAAAAGUUAGUUAAGUCACAAUCAUUUUGUUUAUAAGUUUAGUUAGCUUAGUCAAAUCUUGACAUGAAAGGAUGGAAUAUUUAGGAGUACACAGUAUGUACAUACUCUAAAGCAAUGAUAAAGAGGGGUGGACAGAAUCAUAUAAAGCAGCUCUCCAUAUAUUAAACAAAAAGUUGAUCUCCCAUCUUGGUGAGAACAGGUGGACACAAAUCAAAGCUUCAGAAUGACUUUGAACAGGAAGAUGGCGCUCAAACAGCUCUGAAUAAAUCUGUCCGUCUCACUGUAAUCUCCUUGUCAGUCACCUGAGUUUAGCGAAGCGUCCACAGUGUGGAUGUUUCUGUCGCUCGCUGACACGUCUGUUUUUCGCUGUGUUUUCAGGAGCACUCUGGCCGCGUGUUCCGUCUUCAGUUCGAUGAGUUUCAGAUCAUCAGCAGUUCUCAUGAUGACACCAUCCUGAUCUGGGACUUCCUGAACGUCUCGACCAAUGGCCAGUCAGAGGGACGGUCCCCCUCCCGCACCUACACUUAUAUUUCUAGAUAGCAGGUGAGGAGACGCUGAACCUCCAAACUGAGGAGACACAUCUAUGUUGUGUCAAAAUGUUCCAGGCCUCUAACUGCAGACUGUCCUCCCUCCUCUAGGUGGCGCCAUCCACAGAUUCAUUUCUUGGAGGAGCCUAGGGCUGAUUGGCUGAUGGCUGCGUCCAUCAUGGAAAAGAAGCCCGUCUCUUCUCCUUCCUCCUCGUCAUCUCUCUGUCCACCUCUCACCCUGCUCCUGCCACUUCCAACCUCCCUGCUCGUUCUGACAGACUCAUGAGCUUGUGCCCAUUACCUGCCAGUACCGUGACAUGCACUCACUCACUCACACACACACACAGACACACACUCUCACACACACACAGGUCAACAGAGGUGAAUUUUCCUUAUUACAGAACCAACACAACUCUCCCCAGAGCUUCCCCCUCUAAUACUAAUUUAUGUUUUGUGAAGUACACUAAUGACAGUAUUAAGAUAGACAUUAUGUGAGUCACAAGCGCCCCUUUGACCUCUUGUUACAAACUCAAAGCAGCUUUUGCUCCUCAGUCUUCAACCCCUGCCAAACUGGUUACCACAGAUCUGAAAUUGCUUAUUGAUAUAUAUAUGUAUAUGUAUUUAUAUAUAUAUAUACAUACAUAUAUAUACAUAUAUAUGGAACACACACAUGCACACACGGUGGCACAGUUGGACAGAAGAUGACUGGAGCUGUGAUGCGGGAGACAGAGACUCUUUACUCAGCUCCAGGAAAGGAGGGAAGGACUGGAGAUGGAGGGAGUGAUGGAGGGAGAAAUGUGUCAGGGUCGACUUCUCGCUCCCUCUCACCCCCUCUCAAUCCUCCCUGUCUCUCUCGCUCUCUAACCCCCUUGCCCGGCCCCCCCCCUCCCCUCCAGCCCACAGAGAUGCACACUUGCUUGGAAUACGGGGGACACACACACUUAAGCCUGUGUGUGUUUGUGUAUGUGGACUUUUGAAACAGAGCAGAAGCGUCAAACAGACAGACAUGCAUGUGAGGUUGCCUUGGAUACAGCAUCCCGGUACACCUCUGCUUUUUUUCUCUUUAACUCUUACUUUCUUACUGUUUUUUAUUACUGUUAUUUUCUCAUUUUAUUUGAGUAUUUUGGUUCUUAGUACAAAAAUCAUGCUAAGCGUAGUCCUUUAUCUCUCUUCCUCUUACUGUCUUUUUCCUCUUUCUUUCUUCUAAUUCAGACCCUUGUCCACCUGUCCCUUUCACUCCAUCUUUCUAUCCCUGUCAUCUACGUGCUUGCUUUGGUUAUGAGAGAAGCUGGAACUCAAGAGCUCAAAUUUAGCUGUAAACGGAGUUGUCUUGUCAAAAAUUGUGUUGUAUAUUAAAAAUGAUUUUUUAAAGAAGAAAAAUGACCUUAUUGUGAAUAAAGUACUUGACAGUGGUGGAGUGUUGAGCCAACUGUAACAUGAA